UCCGUUUCUUUGGUUAACCCAGUGGCUCUCCUCUUUACCUAGCCCUGGUUCUUUGAUUUUCUUUCUCUCUCCUCCCCCUCUCCUUCCUCCUCUUCUCCACUCCUAGAACCCAGAUCGGGUUCUUGCAAACCUAGAUCUAGAACAUUAGACAUUCCAUGGUUCAAUUAGAUGAGGAAGAAGGCAUGAAUGAAAGGCUUAGCAACGGAGAGAAAGAGAGAGGCAAGGGUGAAAGGAUGCCAAGAUCUGUUGAGGAUAGAGAUUGGUAGUGGAUUUUAUGGAAAGGAAAACAGCUAGACUAGAGAGGAAAGGCUUGAGCCAACGAGGGAGAUCAAAGGGCAAGAAGAGAAUUGACAUCAGAGAAGGAAGAGAUAGCCGACAAUGGAGAAUGGAGAGAGAAGGGGAAGCUCAGCAUCUUCGACAUCUACUUCAAGACCCCCAUUGUUCAUGGAAUGGAUCUCGUCACUCCGUGCUUCAGGUCCCUUGCCAAGCGUCUCGUGCUUCUUGUUGGUACGACUUUAUGUUAGGAAUAGUAUCCGAAGAACCCGAUCUGGGUUCUUGCAUAACCCGAUCUGGGUUCUGUAACCCAGAUGCAGAACCCCAAUGCUGUGUCUGGGUUGCAGAACCCAAUUUGGGUUCUUCUCGGAGAACCCAGGUCUGGGUUCUCUCGAGAACCCGGGAGAAAAAAAAAAAAGGGAAGAAGGAGGGAUCACGGUUACAAGAAAAGAAAUCAUUGGAGACCAAGACUCCAGAGGGAUGGUCGAAAAUGGCUGAUUCUCGAACAAUCACUUUUGAUGUGAGAAUCAAACAAAUCAUUAAACCAUCUUCUCCAACUCCUCCUCAUCUUGAACGUCUCCAGCUUUUCUUUUUUGACCAGCUCAUGGUUGAUGUUUAUGUUCCUUUGGUUUUUUUCUACUCUCAAAGUGAUGGUGAUGGUCUUGGCCAAAGAUCCCAAAUCCUAAAAUCGUCCCUAUCUAAUGUUCUCUCUCAGUUCUAUCCUCUCGCUGGAAGAAUUAAGGACAAUGCCUGGGUGGAAUGCAAUGAUGAAGGAAUCGACCAUACCGAAGCUCAAGUUGAUUGUUCUAUCUCUGAGAUUCUUCAACAACUAAAUCUUGCGUUACUCAUAAAAUUUCCUCCUGUUGAUUCUACCACAUUUUCUGGAGCUGCUGCUAACAAUGGUCCUCUUAUUAGUAUCCACGUUAGCUUUUUCAGCUGCGAUGGAUUGGCAAUUGGAAUUUGGUUUUCUCACAAGGUUUUAGAUGUAGCCUCCUUCUCCGCAUUCAUGAACAGAUGGGCGGCUAUUUGUAGAGGGGAUCCCAGUCACUUGUUCCCUCCUGACUACACCGUUGCACCAUUGAUGAGCUAAUUCCACUCUAGCAAGUUUACUAAUCAAUUCAAGUAAUGUAAUGAUAAAAUAGAAUAUCGUCUCACAGAGACUGUAGACUAAUUAAAUACUAAAAUUGAUU